CCCAAACGUGAAAAGGCCUCUUUAAGAAAGCUAUAAUGGAUACAAAAGUCCAUUCAGAUCUAUUCGGGUCGAUUUUUUAAAUGCGUAUUUAAUGGCCUCAUCAUUAUGCUGUCUUCAAGUUCACCGUAAGCGCCCAACAACCUUGGGCCAGUAAAAUUUUAUAUUUAUAUAGUACCUGCUAAAACUGCAAAUGUAUCUACAGUAUGAAUGUAAUCACAAAGUAUAACUGUUGUUUCAGAAUUAUGUGCAUCGGGCCAUUGUUUACCGUCAUUCCUACAAGAUAUCACCGAUAUCUGUCAAAAGACAUUCUGAAAUCUUACAUUGCCUGUGACGAUAAAUACAGAGACCAGCUCCAAAAACAAAUGUGCCUAGCUGACAUACCUGUAAUCAUUCGAGAAUACACUAUAGCUGUUUAUCCAAAGGUUUUGGACAACUUAAAUGCCAUAGGAAAGGCAGCUUUAGAGGACCUCCAUCCCUGGAUACUGUGCACGUUAAUUGACUGGGAAAGAUUCGACAGAGUUAUAUGUGACAUGCCGGGUUCUACUUGUGAAGCAGGGGCUGAAGGAUCUGUUGUGCAGUUGCCACAGGAAAGUUCCACCGGAAAAACGACAGUGAUUAAACUUCAAACACCAAAUUGUAUCCAUGGAUUUCAGAUUCUGUUGAUCCACCUUCAGUUGACAAAGAAACAAAGCAAACAUCAAGUGCCCAAGAUUCCAACAAUGGAGAACGUCAUGAAUGGAAUGAGGCCGAGACUAAACUACUACUUGACACGACUGCAGAGAACAUGGAAAAACUGAAAACUGCAAAAAACAAAAAUAAGGUGUGGUCUUGCAUUGCAGGUGUUCUCAUAAGACAUGGUUUCAAUGUCACUGUAACUCAAUGCAUAGACAGGUACAAAUAUAUGAAACGAUCAUACAAAGCAUAUCUUGAUAAAAGCAAAAAGUCAGGAAGUGGUAAAUGCUCAUUUAAAUAUGAUGAGAGUGUAACUGCUUCUAGUAGUUCUACACCAGUGUCUGAACCCAAGCGUUAUUGCAGGAGAAGCAUGAUAAAUGAGUUGAAGGAAUUGAUGGAAGAAAGAGAUCAGAGGUUGCUCUCUGCACUUAAGAAAAUGAAUAAUGAGCAAAAUGAGCUGAUGAAAAAACUUAUUGAUAAGUUGUAAACUUAUCUGAACUAAAGAUGUAUUGUUUUAAAGAAUUAGAAAAACUGUUUUAAUUUUGUUGAUUAAUUUUAAUUUGAAGAGUUAAUUUGAAUUACUAUGUUUUUUCAUGCUAGUAAGGCUAUUUUGAGGGUUAAAAGCAUUAUAGUGAACUAACUCACACGAUCGUCAUUUUUAGAAAAAUGGAAUUGAAGUGUUUAAGUGUGCCUUCAACUUAUUAAACAUUGGUGUCAUAUAUCGUAAUUUUGUUAAUAGUCAAUUGUAGGCUUUCAUAGACGAAUGUUUAUUAGUUUAAUUUCUUUAUGUCCCCGGAUCGAUAGAUUGGGGGUAUAUUGUUUUUGGCCUGUCUGUCUGUCAUUCUGUCCCAAAACUAACCUUACAGUAAAGUUUUGCAAUAACUUUUGAAAUAUUGAACAUAGCAACUUGAUAUUUGGCAUGCAUGUGUAUCUCAUGUAGCUGCACAUUUUGAGUGGUGAAAGGUCAAGGUCAUCCUUCAAGGUCAAAGGUCAAACAUUUAAAACUCUAAUAUAGUAAAGUUUUGCAAUAACUUUUGAAAUAUUGAACAUAGCAACUUGAUAUUUGGCAUGCAUGUGUAUCUCAUGGAGCCGCACAUUUUGAGUGGUGAUAGGGCAAGGUCAUCCUUCAAGGUCAAAGGUCAAAAACAAAAGCGGUGCAUUAGGGGGCAUUGUGUUUCUGACUUGUAAACACAUCUCUUGUUUUUUUAAUAAAAACAUAAAUUCGUGGGAUAGUUCUUUAUGACAUUCUUUUAUUUCUAAUUCGUAGAUAAAUAUGUCAUAGUCAACCAACCCACAUUGCAAAUGUUUCUCAAUACAAAGGGUUAUUAGCGUAGUCGUCGUGCAAAAACUUUGAUGUGAGUCAUUACUUCUUUGUUAUUUGCAUAUGUUCAUCAAAUUCACAACUAUUUUUCUUCUUGCAACAAUGCCUAUCCAGAGCUGAAUUUUUUACCUUGACCUCUGAUUUCAACCUUGACUCCUUUGACUCUGAUUAACAGACAAGCAUUGGUUCCCGCGGGAGCUGUUGUAUAUAAACUAUAAUUCUAUGCUAUAUAAAUUUAUUUCCAAACUUAUCACAAUUUUAACAAGAAAGCAUUACAUGCAUAAUAUUUGACAUAGUGAUAUAUUGUCAUAAUGCCCUCACAGUAUGAUUACGUGUAAAAUUAUGACUAAGGGUAUUAAAUGAUGGAACAUUGAUUGAGGCUAAU